UUGAAUUAUUUGUUUCAAAUGGUGGCUGAGAAAAAAAAAGUGUGGUGCUGAAUUUCAGUCAACUUUUGUUUGGUUUGGUUUCUAUAUUCGUUGUUGAUUAAGAUCUAUGACAGUAGUAAAAACUAUGUCGUUUUAAUCAUGGAGAUUGAGGCUUUUCACUAGUAGACAAAAAAAAAAAAAGCUCUUCACCAUGGUUCUGGAAAGAGAGAUUGCGACUAAAAGUUAAUGUUAGCUUAGUUGUUCAGCUGCGUUAAACCUUUUUGAAUUUCUUUUGGGUCAUUCGUAAUCGUGAUUUUGAUGGUAAAAAGGGUUUAACUUUGUUGUACUUCUGGAAAUAGAUUGCAAGAUAUCUUAUUCGAGCGUCAAGGUGUUUUUAUUCUUUGAUCUGAAUUUUGGGAUUGAUGCAGCAUUAACUUUGAAAGGGAGAAUAUGGGUUUCAAAGUAAAGAGGAAAUGGAAAAUGCAUAAUUUGUUCCGAUUUAGGCAUUUUUGAGUGCCAGAGAGCAGGGGAUAUUACUUUUUAGAAUUGUUGAUGGACCACUGUUAUGUUUUCUUUUUUUCAUCAACAGUUAUGCGAUGAGACACUCAACUGACAAAAAGGCCAGAAGAAGAUUGUUCUGCCCUCAAGUGAGAAGUAGGUCACUUCAUGAUAAAUAGGUGCAACUACAUGCCCUUUUACAUCCACUGUUGACAGUCAACUAACGAGUUUUGGGAGGAAUAUCAGUUGCUAUUCUCUCCAUUGUUACAGCUUCUUCCUUUAUUGUAGUUAAGCAGAUAAUCAACUUCAAGUAUGAAAGACACUGGGAAGAGGAGAAAUUCAGCUAAUGUCCAAUCAAAGCUCCCUGGAAGAACUGAUAGGAGAAACAAUAAACCACAUCAAGAGAAUGGUGGCAAAACUUUGAAGGCGAGAGAAACUGAAUCCAAAGCUUUAAAAGCUAGACCAGACACUAGUUCUUUAGUAAGUGAUGCAAAUGCAGGCUCUGAGCCCACUGAAGUUUAUGAAAACGUGGUUAUACAUUAUGUGGAUGAUGUUAACAGGUCUGAAGAAACAUCUCAAGAUCCAAAAGCUAAUGCAAUGACCACUAAAAUAAAAAAGGAUGAAAUUUUAGAUGAUUGCUCCAGUGAUAUGGAGGGAGAAACAAGUCAGGGAAAGGAAGAAGAAUCAGAUUCUGAGAUGAUAAAAGAUUCAGCAUCUUCUCAGGGUGAUUCCUUGACAGCUGAGGAUGAGAAAGAAGAGAGUGUUUCCAGAGUUUCCAAUAACAACCUCUCAUAUAGCUCUUCCCAUGGUUUGAGAAUGGGAUCUGAGCAUGAAACUAAUAAAUUACACUCAAAGGCAUUGAAUAAUACUCCUAAGGCUGUUACCGAGAGUUCGUUAGAAAAUAAUUCCAAAACCUUGAAAGUUUCUUCCAAACCUUCAUCCGAGUCUUCAGAAGGAUCUAAUGACAAGGAUGGUGAAGAGGUAAAAGAAGUUGAUAGUUUGGAUGAGACAUCAAAUGGGACUCAAAGUUUCGGAAGUGACAAUGAGCCUGUUGAUGCUCAAGACAAAUUUCAAGUUGAGGAUAAGGCAGCUUUAAAUGAAAAGAUAGAAGAGAUGGAGGCAAGAAUUGAGAAACUUGAAGCAGAGCUGAGAGAAGUAGCUGCCAUGGAAAUCUCUCUUUAUUCUGUUGUUCCAGAGCAUGGGAGCUCUGCACAUAAAGUGCACACACCUGCUCGACGCCUUUCUAGACUCUACGUACAUGCUUGCAAGCAUUGGACUCAAAACAAGCGAGCCACAAUUGCUAAAAACACAGUGUCUGGGCUCAUUUUGAUUGCAAAAUCUUGUGGUAAUGAUGUUUCGAGGUUAACCUUCUGGUUAUCAAACACUAUAGUGCUGAGGGAGAUCAUGUGUCAAGCAUUUGGCAAUUCAUGCAACUCAAGUCCACUUACAUGGCUUCCUGAGUUAAAUGGCAGUAACAGAAAGAGUGAAGUAAAGUCUAAAACUCUAAAAUGGAAAGGUGGUGCUGGUAGUAAACAAGUAAAUGGUUUUGUGCAGCUUGUUGAUGAUUGGCAAGAGACAGGAACCUUCACAUCUGCACUAGAAAAAGUGGAAUCUUGGAUAUUCUCUCGAAUAGUUGAGUCAGUAUGGUGGCAGGCUCUUACUCCAUAUAUGCAAUCUCCUCUUGAGAGUUCAUCUGCUGGCAAAACAAUUGGAAAGUUGUUGGGGCCAGCCUUGUGUGAUCAACAGCAAGGAAGUUUUUCUAUCGACCUAUGGAAAAAUGCUUUCCAAGAUGCUUUUCAACGACUUUGUCCUGUUAGAGCAGGAGGUCAUGAGUGUGGUUGCUUACGUGUUAUUGCAAGAAUGGUUAUGGAACAGUGUGUUGCAAGACUAGAUGUAGCAAUGUUCAAUGCUAUUCUGCGGGAGUCAGCCCAUGAGAUCCCAACAGAUCCUGUAUCUGAUCCUAUUGUAGAUUCAAAAGUUCUGCCUAUUCCAGCUGGUGAUCUUAGCUUUGGAUCUGGUGCACAGCUAAAAAAUUCUGUUGGUAAUUGGUCUAGAUGUCUAACUGAUAUGUUUGGCAUGGAUAGUGAUGUUUUUAUAAAAGAAGACCAGCCUAACAGUCAAGAUGAUUUCGGACAAAAUGGAGAUGGAGAACCUAAAUCCUUCCUUUUUAUUAAUGCCCUGAGUGAUCUUCUAAUGCUUCCAAAGGACAUGCUAAUGGACCAGUCAAUCAGAAAGGAGGUGUGCCCAUCAAUAGGUCUUCCAUUGAUUAAACGCAUUCUCUGCAACUUCACUCCAGAUGAAUUUUGUCCCGAUCCUGUUCCAGGAGCUGUAUUGGAAGCCCUGAAUGCUGAGACUAUUGUUGAGCGGAGAGUAUCAGGGGAGUCGACUAGAAGUUUCCCUUAUACAGCUGCCCCCGUUGUCUAUACUCCUCCAUCCUCAGCAGAUGUGGCAGAAAAAGUUGCAGAGGCAGGAGGGAAAUCACAGCUGUCUAGGAAUGCAUCAGUGAUACAGAGAAAGGGAUAUACCAGUGACGAGGAACUGGAGGAAUUGAAUUCUCCACUUGCAUCAAUAAUUGAUAGAUUGCCGUUAUCUCCAACAAUUGUUGCCAACGGAAGAGUAAAUGGAAAACAUGAGCAUGAAGUCUAUGGUGGUAGAAAUGCAAGAUAUGAACUCCUUAGUGAGGUAUGGUCUGCGUGAGUGUUAAAGUUAGUUUGUGUAUGUAUAUUUCUCAUGUUUCGUAGCCAAGGAAAAGUGAAUGUGAAGGUGAAAACAGAAGGGGAAAAGUUUAAAUGAUUCAAAGUUUUUGGAAUUCUGAAACAUGCUCCUAAUGGCUUGAAUAUACAGUGGAAAGAACAUGAUUUGUUUUCGCUAAAUGUUGAGAGAGCUUGAAAUCAA